GUAGGGUGCUGGCGGAAGUAGUUUAGUAGCAGAGGGAGGAGCGAGAUAAGAGAUUCCAUGGUUACUGGAGAGAGUCCCUUCCGCCUGACGUCAUUGAGGGCGACGAGCAGCUUUAGUGAGCAAGAUGGCGUCGGGGAGCGGGGUGAGUUCCUGUAAUGCUGUGCACAGUGUGUGCUCCGUCCCCGGGUUAUACGGACUAGAUAAUAACUAUUAGCGGAGUGUGAUGUCACUCAGUGCUCGGGUUUGCUUUGUGGAGCCUGGAAAGCCCCUCCCCCACCCUCUAUGCUAAGUGGCACAGUGAUGGUAGUAUAGGAUGGCUCCAUGUUCCCUGUAUUAUCACUGGAGAUCAGAGUAAUGGGACAUUCUAUCGCAGAACGCACUGAGAAGACCUCGAAACAUAUAUUUUAUCCAGCCAUGGCAUAUGAUGCUAGAAAAUGGCAAAGAUAGUGAUAUUGAAAGCUUGCACUCCUGUUAAUGUAGCCAGUAAAGGUGCUGUUUCUCUCUACUUGUCAUUCAUUUUCAAAUGCUAAUUAUUUGGUAUGCAUCUUUCUUAGAGGGACACUAUAGUUUAAUGAAGCAGUUUUGUUAUAUAGACCAUGCACCUGUAGUCCCAAUGCUCUAUUCACUGCCAUUUAGGAGUUACAUCACUUUUAUUUCUGUUUAUGCAGCCAUAGUCAUCUCCACUGCCUAGGGCUGUAUAAUUAUAUAAGAAAUUAUAAUUUUAACAUAGUUUGCAAUAAAGGAAGUUUUAACAUUAACUCUCUCUUUACAUAAAGUGUUUAGGAUAGCUGUGAAUGUCAAACAUCAACAUAGUGAUUUUAACUCCUAAAUGGCAGAGAAUUGAGCACUGAGACUGCAUGGGCAAGAUCUAUUUACCAAAACUCCUAAGUUAAGCUAAAGUUGUUUUGGUGCCUAUAGUGUCCCUUUAAUAAACCACUCUAAAAAUAUAUAUAUUUUUUUAUUUUUUUUAAUCUAAAUUUGUUCAAACUGUUGGUGGUAUGGCAUAGACAUAGAACAACAAACAUGAAUGCCUGAUUACAUUGCUUCUGCAGCAAGGGUAAAUAAAAUUGCAUCCAAAGUAACUACAACCAUUAGUUUGCUAGUCUUGUUCCAUGUCUGUCAUGGCCACAUGAAGCAAACAAAAAUAAUUCUUUCUUAUUCCAAACCAUUGGAUAAAUCAAUCUAUAAGUGGCAAUUGCUUCUUAGCAUCCACUUUUCCAUUCAGAUAGGGACAGGCCUCAGACUCCUUAAUUGCAACAACAAUUUUUGAGUCUGAUGACUUCACAUUACAGAUGAAAACCAUUCUACAGGAUCUAUGCAGGGAUCUAGAGACAGAUGUUGCUCAACUGACCAGCGUUUUGAUAGAAACCAUCAAUGAUACAAAACACCACAUAAAUAAAAUUGAGCCGCAGAUGGACAAUGUAAAUUCACAUAUGUGACUUGAGGACCUCCAUUUGCCCAUUGACAACAAAAUUUGCCCUGUGCAGUUAAAACGUGAUAUAUAGUAGACUGCUCUUGGUUAAUGUAACAAAAAAAGAAAAAAGUAACAAAAAAAGAAAACACACCACAAAUAAUGCAUAUGCAAGCAAACCUACUAAAAAAGUGUGCCCUCUAAAACAUCAAUACAAUAGUGAAAAACAGAAAAGUAGGAAUGCCAAAAGGGUGAAGUAAUCACUUCUAAGGUUUAAAUGAAAAUAUACAACCUUAUAUAAUAACAGCGUGAUGAACAAUAUCUGUAAAAAGAUAUAUAAAUCGCAAAUAGAGUAAUACGAGUGUGAAUGUAUGGACACGCAGGAUGUAUAUAUUGAACUCACAAAAUAUAAGUGAAUAUCAGGAAUAUCCACUGGACUUAUAAUAUUGGCAAACUAUGAUAAAAUCAAUUACAGUACUGUCAAACCAUAUGAGCGCCCUUUAAAAGUGUUUGUUUGUUAAUAUAGUUUAGUUGAAUUGCUUACUGGACAAAAUGUUAGCAAGAGGGCACCCUAUCUGACCUUUGUUGAUAUUCUUUUAACUCUCGUCAUAGCUGAGUUUUCAUUGUUGUUUGUGUUAGGAAGUCUUUUAUGGGUUACUGUUAAUGAGUGGUAAAUGUGGAGGUCUGAAGGUAUAAAAUCGAGGAGCAAGUGUUAAUGGUGGAACUGGUUACAUGGUGGUGGAGAUUUCUAAUUCAGGACCAGUGGAGUUUAAAGUAGUAGCUGGAAAGCAGCUUUUUGGAAGUUUUAAUAGGAUUUAUUAGUGCAUAAUGAUCACUUUUUGUUUAGAGAAUGCUGUAAAGUUUGUGAGGUUAGUUUAGACCGAAAAUGGAAAAGGUGCAAGUUGCAUUGUAACUAUUAGUGAAAAGUAAUUCUAUUGCUCAUUAGAUGAAAAAUCUGUAUUCAGGAGGAAUUUAAAAUGAAGCCUGUGUUAGGAUUAAAACUCACUGUGUUUGAUUUUCUUUAAAGCACCGCACCUCACCUCACCAAUGUAACUGAAUAUUUCAUACAUAUAGAAUCUUUAUGAAAUACUGACAUUGACAGUGAUGGCAUUUCAUUAAAAUCAAAGUGCAGACAAAAUGUAUCAUAAGACCAAUUAUUGACUAAUUUGUCUUAUGAUAAAGCCCAAAGUUGAGAAAAUGUGACCAAAGAACAGGUGACCACUUCAGAGAAAAUAUCUACCCUCUGCUGCUAUACUUCUUGGUCUCCAAACUCCAUGUGGGGAUGUCACCUGUGAAGGUAACAGAACCACUUUAAUAUUGUGUACUUAUUAUAAUAAAGCAGGCUUAGUUAGUUACUACUAUGCAGUGUCAUUGGCAGUGAAUAGGUUGAUUGGUAUGAGCUUCCUCAUGAAAAAAUACUAUAUUGUACUAAUGCUAUGUUUUGGUGUAUUUUGGAGUGGAACAAAUUUCUUCUUCUUUUGUAUGAAGAUGUCGGGCUAUGUUUUUUGUUUUUUUUCCUGGACAUCAGCAACUAUGUUUUACUCAUUUAUUUAUAAAAUAUUUUACCAAGAAAGAUACAUUGGGAUUUCUCUAGUUUUCAAGUAUGUCCCUGGUCCACAAAACAUUGCAUGGAUACAAUAGGGUACAAUAAAAUACAAAAACAAUAUUAAUACACAAUAUAUACAAAAUGUAACCUAGAACAGGUAGGAAAUAUAUAAUCAACCAUGACAGGUGCAUUCCUUUAAGAGAUAUGUAGAGAGGGAUCCAUAAUUGCGUCACUCUGUAGGAGGAGGAGGAUCGGGCUGCUUUCUUUUUGUAUUGAGGUAGACUAAAUAAAGUGCUGGUACUGGAUUGGAGGUUAUAGGAGGUGGGAACCGCUGAGGGGAGCAGCCCAGACAAGCCUUUAAACACAAGGCUGGAAAGAUGAAGGGUGCGUCUGGAUUCCAGCGACAGCCAGUUUACUUCUUUUAGCAUGUCACAAUGGUGGGUCCUGUAAUUUCAUUAGAGCACAAAUCAGCAGAACGAGUUAAACAUUGUAUUGAGUUUAUUAAUGUGGGAUUGCGGUGCAGGUGCAUAUACAACAUCCCCAUAAUCAAUGAUAAAAAGGAAUUGCCGCUCUUCUGGGAUUUACAACAUUGAAUAAAACAUUUAAGAUCACCUUAUGACUUGUGUUAACCUUUUUAUAAGAUGCUCAGUUUUCUUUUAAAUGUUAUAUUUAAGAUUUUCCAAAUUAAUGGAACAUUAUAGGCACUCCACCCUUAAACUCUAUAGUUGAAAACAUUGCCGUUUUGUUGGAACGCCAAUGUUUACAUUGCAGGCCUAACCUGCCUCUAAUGACUGUCAAUAUGGGAACCCUAGAGGUGUUUCCGUAAUACUCUGCUAUAUUAGUCAGAGGGUCUUAGGAGAUCAUCUGAUUAUUGCAGCAUGGCAUUUUGUGGCCAAUGCACACUAGCCUUCUAGUGCUAUCCUAUGGAAAAUCAUUGGCUUGGCUGAGAUCAUUAAGAUUGAUUAUCUCAGGCAUGGUAUCGUGGCCUGCCAUGGUGUGGGAGAAAAGGUGAGUCAAAUCGCCUUUCCCAUGCAAUCAGAAGGGGCCUGGUCAAAGAGACACGCACGCACUGAUUUGACACACAUUUUUUCAUACACUAACAACUUUUUUUUUUUUAUAUAAUUUAUCUCCACCCAGCCUCCAUACGUUUGGGAGAGCUAGAGUGGAUCCUUUUCCUGUGGUCCAGUGAGGAUCAUUUCUAUGGAGUCCAGUGUGGCAGCUUUCAUCCUCCUGCUCUUCUCCCAGUAGGGCGCGCAAGUGAGCAGAGCAGGAAGAUUACAGUUCACUCACGGCCUGCAUUCAUUCUACACAGCUGCUCGCCUCCAUUCACUCCCAGCCAGCUACCUCUGCUGAGUGGGCUGGCAAACACCCAGUUGAGCCCAUGGUUUACAUGUCCUUAUAUGUAAUAAAUGUGUUAUUGUGAUGUCUAAAAUAAAGGUAAAUGAGGAAAUCCACACCACCGAUUGUUUAGUUCUGUCUGACUGUCAAUAUUGAGAGAAGUGGGGAAACUAAACUAGCUUAUGUUAUAGAUAAUUUUUUUCAAUGUUUUAUUUAAUAGUGCAAAUUACAGAGAAAUGACAGUUCCUUACUAAAGGGAAACUAUAGUGGCAAAAAAAAGUUUUGGUUUUUUUUUUGGCAAUAAAUCUCCCUAUAGUGUUCCCUUCACCCCUUCUGUCACUUACCUGAUUCCAUUGCCGAUGUCCUUUUGCACUGGUUCACGCUCCCCCGCCAAAUUCAGCCGGCAAGGGGGACCUUAUGUGCAAUGCUUUCCUAUGGGAGUUUCAGGUGAUGCUGGAUGUCCUCUUGCAUAAUGGGAGGACGUCCAGCGUCUGUUAGGAGACCAAAAGUCACCUAACGACCCGAAAGGCUUUCUGGUGGCUGUCUGGUAGACCGCCACUAGAGGUGGAGUUAACCCUGGCAGGAAAUUACUGGUAAGAACUGCAAUAAUUACCAUGGCAGGGUUAAGGGACCUGGGACAUUGCACCCAGACCACUUUAAUAAGCUGGAUGUCUAUAGUGUCCCUUUAAUUUUAAUUAGGUUCCCUAUGACCUUCCACAGCAAUAUUUAUUACCAUUGAUAUUGUACGCUUCCUAAUCACAGAUGUGCAGUAUUUCUGUCUCCUUAACCCUAAUGUAAAACAUUGGAAUAGUUGAGAAACUGCAAUGUUUACAUUGCAGGGUUAACUCCUCCUCUAGUGGCUGUCAUACUGGUUUCCAUCCCACAGACUGAGUGAAACUUAGUCACAUAACGUGGAAACCCCAGAGGAGAGCAUUAAAGGACCACUAUAGGCACCCAGACCACUUCAGCUAGGUCCCUCUAGUUUUAACCCUGCAGCUGAAAACAUAGAGAGAAAACAUUCAGAGCAACUGCUGUGUUUCACUGAGGGUUAAUCCAGCCUCCAGCGGCUGUCUCACUGACAGCCGCUAGAGGUGCUUCCGCGAUUCUCACUGUGAAAAUCACAGUGAGAAGACGCUGGACGUCCAUAGGAAAGCAUUGAGUAAUGCUUUCCUAUGGGCGAUUUGAAUGCGCGCAAAGCUCUUGCCGCGCAUGAGCAUUCUGAGCUGACGUCGGCAGAGGGAGGAGAGUUCCCCAGCGCUGCAGGAGACCGGCGCUAAAGAAAGGUAAGUGGCUGAAUGACCUAAUAGCCCUAAUGACCCUAUAGUGUCAGGAAAACGAGUUAGUUUUCCUGGCACUAUAGUGGUCCUUUAACUCAAUGCUUUACUUUUUGGAAAGUUAAAUGUGUGUGCGGCACUCAUCAUGCAUGCACAUUACAUCUCCAAAGGUUUGGACCCAUUUGCAGGAGGCAUGGCCUCCACUGUGACACAGGCUAUGGAAGAGAGGUCAGCAGUGCUCUGGGAGCCUUGGCACUGAAAUAAGGCAAGUGUUUGCUUUAGGUGGGUGACACCUAUUUAGAGCUAGUGAGUGGGACACAAUAGCAUUUAGAAAUACAGAUUUGUAUUCCUAAGCCUAUAGUAAUAUAACACUAUAACUUAACUUUUGAUUGAGGAUUAGUUCUGAUAUGUUAACUCUGUCCUUUAAGUGAUGAGAGAGAGAGAGUUUUUUUUUGUUUUUGUUUUUUUGAUCAGUAUACAGAUUUUUAAAUGAAUUCAAUUUUAUUUCAUAUAUAUUUUUGCUCUUUCAAAUAUGUAAAAAAUAUUUUAAAUUAAAAACAAGAUCAAAGCUGCUUUAUGUUAUUGCUUCUGUACGGUUUUUUUAAUAAAGUACUAUCAAAUUGCCAGGAGCGAUGGCACCUAAAAUAUUGCUACUUGUACUUGAUCUAAUGGGAUGCUUUAUAGAGAACUUUCUGGAUACAGCUUCUACCCUGCAUGUAGCCUUUCUUAUACUUUUUCUGAAAUUUUAUACAUCAUUUUAUUAUUGCACUUGUGAUAUAUAAUGAAGGUGAAUUUGUCUGGUUUUAUGGAUAUUACAAAUUCUUCUUUAUUCUUUAAGGCUUUUAUUCUUCCCUCUUAGAGUAUGUGUAGGUAGCAUUAGUGGUCACAAUGUAGAUCUCCAGAGUGUUGGUUUACCAAUCCCAUAAUUAUCAGCCAGUUUGAAAAAAUGAAAGAGAAAAUGUCCAGUCAGAUAAUAGUUGGCAGAGCAAAUUUUACACUUUAAGUGAACUUCCACUGCCUUUUCCCCCCUCAGAUACUAAGAAGAACUAAACAAACAAAUACAAUUAAAGGACCACUCUAGGCACCUAGACCACUUCAGCUUAAUGAAGUGGUCUGGGUGCCAGGUCCAGCUAGGCUUAAUCCAUUCUUUUAUAAACAUAGCAGUUUCAGAGAAACUGCUAUGUUUAUGAAUGGGUUAAGCCUUCCCCCAAUUCCUCUAGCGGCUGUCUCAUUGACAGCCGCUAGAGGCGCUUGCGUGCUUCUCACUGUGAAGAUCACAGGGAGAGCACGCAAGCGUCCAUAGAAAAGCAUUGAUAAUGCUUUCCUAUGUGACCGGCUGAAUGUGCGCGCAGCUCUUGCCGCGCGUGCGCAUUCAGCCACAUGGGAGGAGGAUCGGAGGAGGAGAGCUCCCCGCCCAGCGCUGGAAAAAGGUACGUUUUUACCCCUUUCCCCCUUCCAGAGCCGGGCGGGAGGGGGACCCUGAAGGUGGGGGCACCCUCAGGGCACUAUAGUGCCAGGAAAACGAGUGUUUUCCUGGCACUAUACUGGUCCUUUAAAAAUCAUAAAGACAAUCAUAGGGAAGAAAAAAGAGAAGAGAUUGGAUAGGGUCAGGUUGUUACAUUCUCCAAUUUGAGGUUACCUUUUUGUUGAAAGCAGUGAUUACGCAACACAUCCAGAAAACUUUAAAAGGGCACUGUGACCACAAACAUGACAGAAUCUUGUAUUGUAGUGUUGGGCACUAUAGCUGCACUGAUCAGCCGCAACAUUAAAGGACCACUAUAGUGCCAGGAAAACAAACUUGUUUUCCUGGCACUAUAGUGUUAAUAGGUCCCUCCCCCACCCUCAGGGUCCCCCUCCCGUCGGGCUCUAGUGGGAGGAAGGGGUUAAACGCUUACCUUUCUCCAGCGCCCGGCUCCCUUGGCGCUGGGGACUCUCCUCCCUCUUCCGACAUCAUCGUCAAGAGCUGUGCUCGCAUUCAGUUAGUCCAUAGGAAAGCAUUUCUCAAUGCUUUCCUAUGUACGCUGGCGUCUUCUUACUGUGAAAAUCACAGUGAGAAGCGUGGAAGCGGCCUCUAGCGGCUGUCAAUGAGACAGCCACUAGAGGCUGGAUUAACCCUAUUGUAAACAUAGCAGUUUCUCUGAAACUGCUAUGCUUACAGCUGCAGGGUUAACCAUAGAUGGACCUGGCACCCAGACCACUUCAUUAAGCUGGAGUGGUCUGGGUGCCUAUAGUGGUCCUUUAAAACUACCUUUAGGUGAACUGAAUAACAUUGAUCAUAUCAUUAAAUGGCACCUGUCAAGGGGUGGGAUAUAUUAGGCAGCAAGUGAACAGUAAGUUCCUGAAUUUUAUGUGUUGGAAACAGGAAAAAUGGAUAUGCAAAAUGAUAUGAGUGAAUUUAACAAGGGCCAAAUAGUGAUGGCUUGACGACUGGGUCAGAGCAUAUUCAAAAUGUCUUGUUGGUUGUUCCCAGUAUGCAGUGGUUAGUAACUACCAAAGGUUGUGCAAGGAAGGACAAGCGGUGUAAGGGCUAUGGGCGCCCAAGGCUGAUUGAUACAUGUGGGGAGCGAAGGUUAGCCUGUCUGGUUCGAUCACACAGACAAACUACUAGAGCUCAAAUUGCAAAAAAAAUAAAAUAAAAAAAAUGAUGCUGGCCUUGAUAGAAAGGUGUCAAAACAGAAAAUGCAUCGCAGUUUGCUGUGAAUGAGACUCAGAGUCCACCUCAGAAAGCAACUUCAAUUGGGAGGUGAGCAACAGAACUGGACCAUGGAGCAAUCUGAGAAGUUAGCCUGGUCUGAUGAAUCACAUUUUCUUUUAGAUCAGGUGAAUGGUUAUUUACUUGGGGAGCCAGCAGGAAAUACUAUGGGAAGAAGGCAAGCCGGCACAGGAGUGCUAUGCUCUGGGAAACCUUGGGUCCUGGCAUUCCUUUAGGGAUUGGUAGGUACACCCAUUCUUAGCAGUGGCCUCUUUCAGCAGGAUAAUGCACCUUGCCACACUGCAAAAAUUGUUCAGGAAUGGUUUGAGGAACAUGAGAGGUGAAAAUGGCUAAUUACCCAGGUAUGGGGGAGUGUUUGACAUUUAAAGGACCACUAUAGUGCCAUGAAAACAAACUCGUUUUCCUGGCACUAGAGGGUCUUUAGGCCCCCCACCCUCAGGGUCCCACUCUCGCCGGGCUGAAGGGAGAAGAAGGUGUUAAACUCUUACCUUUCUCAAUCGCCGGGCUCCCUCUGCGCUGGGGAAGUCUCCUCCCUCUUCCGACGUCAGCGCUGAAUGUGCAUGCGCGGCAUUCAAUCAGUCCAUGCUGAUGCUUUCCUAUGGACGUAAGCAUCUUCUUACUGUGAUUUUCACAGUGAGAAGCGCAGAAGCGCCUCUAGCGGCUGUCAAUGAAACCAUGAGAGUUUGUAUAUACGCGGGAGGUUUGUAUUCCUAAUACAAUAGUUCUCCUUUAAUGUAUUGUUUGGUUUUUGCAAAGAGCCUAUCCAUGCAAAUAUCUCCCUCCCCCCAUGCUUCUCUCAGGGGAAGUAGUUGAAUGGCUGAGAUGAUAAGUAUUAAUAAUCUCAUCCACAUGAGUAGCAGCAGCUGUGGGGGCGUUUAAUCUAAAUAGGUCACAUAGUACUUGAAUGUUGGGAAUAAAUGUUCCCUUGGGUCCAGUGUACAGCCGGCUGGGGUAGAGUGGAGGCAGCUGUGCGUACUGUAGGCAAGGGAGCUGUGAUCUUCCUACUGUGCUCCAUUGAGUGCUGAGUGAUGUCAUGUUUCGGCCCAGCAUCACUAAGGAGUGUGUGAGAAAGCAGAGCAGGGAGAUCACAGCUCCCUCACCUCCCGCCUACAGUCCACGCAGCCAGCCAUUCCCUCGCCUUGGAGGGAACAGGUUCACAAAUCCAUAGGCGACAGGACAAAAUUCCUGGUUGCGACAGCGCUCCUGUACUCUCAGAGUACCUCCGCUCAAUCAGCUUUCUUGCCAUUGGAAAAAGGAGCCUGAAGCACUUCUACUCCUACUCCUUUCACUGAGGCUUAACUCCAUCUUUUCCACCUGACCAGGCUGCAGCUCUACUUCCAUGCAGAUAUCGUCCACUCUGCCUAUUCCACCGCAGUCUUUCUUCCAGGCAGGUAUCCACCUCUGCAAUAUGAUUUGCUUUUGCCUUUACAAAGGCACUUGGGUCUUUAGGGCCUAGUUCUCUUGACUUAUCCUAGGGCUAGAGUGAUCAUGCACACCCCAAUAAGGCCGAAGACUCUCAGGACCAGCCCAUAUGCAUAUUACAUAAAGCUUGUUGUGACAAACAUAAUAAAAUUCAAAUAACCAAAAUAUGUCAAAAAAUGUACAGAAAAUUGAUUACUUUACUUAUAAAAGGAUGGGGAAGUCAAUAACCAAUACAAAAUAUCUCUUUCCUUCAGAAAUGGCAGUAUGCAAAUUACUUACUCUUGCUAUUCAGGUUGUGCACAUAACAGUUGCUACCAACAGAUGGCACUAUAUACGCUCCACAUCCAAAUCCACCUAAUUGGUAGCAAGCAUCAGCAGGACAGGAGAGCAGACAAAACAAUAAACAAUUACUUUACACACCCUGCACCCAUAAUGGGCACAAGGUGACUAAAACAUUAGAACAGCACAGAGACCUACAUAAAGGGUCCAUUUUAAUAUCCCAAUGCUGGUGACUACUACCACAACGGUGCCUGGGAUUUGUCGAGCCCUGCUUUUAAAUUCAGGCACGCUUUGAGAAGUAAAUAAGAUCUACUUACAUUUUAUACCAAACGGUGCUGACCUUGCCACACCUGAUUGUUGGCCAUUUUAGAUGUCCUUAGGGAUUAAUGUGAACAUUGCCUUUUGGACAGAGUGCAGGGAUGGGAACUUGCAUGACAUCAUUUGAUAUGUUUAUAAAACCUAAAACUUUUGCUGUACUUUGAGCUUGCUGUAUUAAAUAUCUCUUUACAUACAUAUUCGCUAUUGUCUAUAGAAAUUUUAUGUUCAUCUUCAUGGUUCUCUGUCCUUUUGAUAUUUGAACUUUUUUUUUUUUUUAAUUAUUUUUAGUCGAAAAAUGCAGAUUUUCGUCGGAAAUGGGACAAGGAUGAAUAUGAAAAACUUGCACAGAGACGAAUUACAGAAGAAAGAGAAAAGAAAGAUGGUUUGUAAUAAUUUGUUAAUCAAGUUUUGUAAUCCCAAAUUACCAGUGAGCACUGCAUUUAUUUUAUUUAGUACACACCUUGAUUUAGUUAUUGAGGUUAAAGGGACACCCCAGGCACCAAUACAACUUUAAUGCAUUUGGUUCAUUUUGGCCUCAUUAAUAGGCUUUAUUACAUUUUAUUGUUUUGAGUGUUCAAUGCUUUUAUAGUUUUUACACACAAAAAAGUAAAUGUUUUGCAGAAUGCUGCACUGUUAGCCUGCCCUUUAGCUACACCCUCUCACUGUAGAAAAAUACAUCUUUAUCAAAUGUAUGCACACAUCUCAUUGACUGUACUGAGUGAUCUGAACUACACAGCAACCUGCAUUAGAAGGACAUGGCACACCCAAGAAGACAUAGCAAUAUAUCACUACCUGUUUUCCUUAUUACGCCUUUUCCUAAUAAUUUCUGGCUGUCUGCAGCCAGGUUGUGAAUUAAAAAUGACUCAAUCAGUGCUGUUGAGGCUAAGACUGUGUGCAUACAUUUGAUCAGGAAGCAUUUCUGGUGUGAGGGCUGUGUGACUAAGGAGGCAGGCUUAUGCUGCAGUUUUUUAUUUUAGUUUUUUAUUUGUGCAAAAAUUAUUGAACGCGUAAAGAGUACAGCAUACUAAUGAGACCAGAAUUUAUCAAAUCAAUCUGUCAUUAAAGCAUCGCUGUAGUGUCAGGAACACAAACAUGUAUUCCUGACACUAUAGUGGCAAAAUAGCGAACUAUUUAGGUCCCCGACCCCCUCUCUUGGCAGAACGUGUUUACUUACCUUUUUUCCAGGACCACCGUGGCAGGCCCCACCUAGCUCCGCUUCCCUGGCUGAGAUCAUCAAACAAUGCUUUCCCAUAGGAAAGCAUUGGGAGGCUAUUGCACAUGUGUUGCAAAAUGCAGCUCUGCACCAGUUUGCAUCAUCAGCUCCUUAUAGAGAUUCGUUGAAUCAGUGCAUCUCUGUGGAGUAUGUUCAGCAUCUGGAUGCAGGAAGUGGAGGCAUUGACACAGCAAGCACCUCUAGUGGCCACCUGAGUGACUGCCACUAAAGGUGUUACUAGGCAGUAAUGUAAACACUGCCUUUUCUCUGAAAAGGUAGGGUUUACAUAAAAAAGCCUGCAGGUACAGGCUAUAGACACGAGAAACACUACAUUAAGAUGCAGUUGUUCUGAUGACUAUAGUAUCCCUUUUUAAAGUUUUAUUGGUGCCGGGAUGUCCCUUUACAAUGUUUGUGUGAUGCACACACUUUUUUGUUUUAAAAAGAGUUCAGCAAGCCAUUUUAUGAUUCCUUUAAGCAAAAAAAAGUGCAAUAAAUAAAAGUAAAAAGAUAAUGGGGUGGAAAUUCUUUUUCACAUCAUUGCACAUUUUAUGCCCAUAAUUAUGAUUAUAAUUAUCCCAUGAUUAUUAUUAUUUCUAAAGCGCCAACAAAUUCUACAGCGCUGUACAAUGGGUGGAUGAACAAACACAUAAUUGGACACACAGAAAUAGAGGGGAUGAGGACUAUGCUCAAUGAGUCUACAUGCUAGAGGGAGUGAUAUUCAGUCUCUGUAAAAUAUAAAUUGAGAGAAAGAAGUAUGGCAUAACCUGAUAUUGUGAAGUUUAAAGUUGAUGAAAACCAUGUAACCUACAAUACUUUUACUAAACAAUACGUGAAAUCUGCUUAUAAUUUCUUUUUUAGGCAAACCUUUGCAGCCCCCUGUUAAGAGGGAACUUCUCAGACACAGAGACUACAAGGUGGAUUUGGAAUCCAAGCUGGGAAAAACCAUUGUCAUCACCAAAACCACUCCACAAUCAGAGAUGGGAGGGUAAGAAUGUUGUUGACAAUAUUGGGGUUUGUUUGAUGUUCUUCAUAUUUGACUUAGUCUGGCGUCCUGGUCAGGCGAGUUUUGUCUUUGUUUCAUGCGAAUAGCAGCAGUGCAGUACUUGUGUAUUUUGCUAAAUCUAGUGUGCCUAGCCCUGCCUAAACAGGCGGUGAAGGCAAUGGGCUCAUAAUUCAUUUUAUUUAAUUUUGAUUGUAAAAAAAAUUAUCACUAGUUUUGAUCUCCCGGCCAAUCCAGUGCUUUCCCCUACAGAAGAGGAGGAGCUGAGCGGAGCCUCCCUCUGUUUUAGGUUAUAAAUUUCUGAUUUCAAGAGCAAUCAGCAAUUCUAUAUAUAAAUCCUAUUCGUUCAGCAUAAGUCAGUGCUUCUCCAUGAUUAUAUUGGUAUCUUCUAAAUAUUACUGUUUCAAUUUACGGAAGUCCAUAACUAGGCAAAUAUAUUAAAUAUCAUUUUAAAUAAAAGCUGCAAAAUAAAAGCAUAAAUAAAAUACAAUGUCACUUUUUGAAAGAUGCAAAUCUCUAAAAUUAUGCUAGCAAAUGUAUGCAUACAUCAUGUCACUCUGUUCCUAGACUCCCUAGCCAGCACCACUAGUGCUGACUAGGGAAUCACCAUAGCAACCACAGCGCAUGCAGUGUGAUUCCUGUGGGUGGUCUCUUCUGCUUUAAGUAUCAAUGAUUGCAAGGUGGUUUAAAUCCCUUUUUAAAUAGGGUUUUCUUCCAAAUUAUACAUUUUGCAUGCAGGAAUGCAGGCCUGUUGGGCAUUUCUAGGGCGACCACGUCUGGCUCUCUGGAUGUCACGGUGAGAACCGUGACAGUACCCCCACUUUAAGAUCGCCCUCUGGGUGUGAACAGGUUCUUCAUAGAGGUCGCAUUCACCCUCUUCCUCUAAAAGGUCAAAAACAUUCUCUGGCAGGAGGUAUGUUCUCCCAUAUACAUCCAUGCCCUAUGCAUGGCAUUCUUCCAGAUUUUUUAGGGAGAGGUAUUAGCAGUAGAAAGAGGGAAGUGCUCAUGCCAUUGUAAAAAACACUGGUGAGACCUCACUUGGAGUAUUGUACGCAGUACUGGAGAUCGUAUCUUCAGAAGGAUAUUGAUACCUUAGAGAUGGAUUGCAGGGUAAAACUUACCAGGAAAGGUUAAAGGAUCUUAACAUGUAUAGCUUGGAGGAAAGACGAGACAGGGGGGAUAGGAUAGAAACAUUUAAAUAUAUAAAGGGAAUGAACACAGUAAAGGAGGAGACUAUAUUUAAAAGAAGAAAAACUACCACAACAAGAGGACAUAGUCUUAAAUUAGAGGGACAAAGGUUUAAAAAUAAUAUCAGGAAGUAUUACUUUACUGAGAGGGUAGUGGAUACAUGGAAUAGCCUUCCAGCUGAAGUGGUAGAGGUUAACACAGUAAAGGAGUUUAAGCAUGCGUGGGAUAGGCAUAAGGCUAUCCUAACUAUAAGAUAAGGCUAGGGACUAAUGAAAGUAUUUAAAAAAAUUGGGCAGAAUAGAUGGGAUGAAUGGUUCUUAUCUGCCGUCACAUUCUAUGUUUCUAUGUUUUAAAACUAUACACAAGGUAUAGCCAAAAUAUGAUGCUCUUUCAAAGGAGCAUAAGUGUACUUUAAACCUAUGUGUAUGGUGAACUUUGUAAGUGACUAAAUUACUUUAAAAGGAAUUUGAAUCUGUUGUAUCAUUUUAAAUUUGUAUUGUAUAGGACAUGUGAGAAACACUGUGCGUUAAUGUGUUUAGUGAAGUUCGCCUAAAUUAUCAAGAUAUACAUUUAAACUUAGGGCAGCCAUUGUCUCACUCAGAACAAUAAUAUAUGGCUUCACUAUCUGUCUCAUCUCAUCUGACAAAUACAGUGUUUAUUUUCCCUUUCGGACAUGUAUCUCAAAAUAACCUGUUCUGUGCAAUUCACAAAUAUUAUUAGGUUGAUGGUGUUUAAAUCAUAUAAAUAUAGGAGUCAGUGGGCGUUUAACAAACGUCAGUGUUUACAUCUCACCUCUUUAAUCCCUUGCAGUGCAGCAAAUCAGUUUUGAACUAUUUUCCAAAAUCAUUUUCCUGCAAGACGCAUUAAUUUGAAGCAGAGCAGACUCUGGGAAGUAUUGUCUGGAAAGGUCAUAGUUUUUAUACAAGAGACUAUUACUCUGUGGGCCUACCACUGUUUUUCCUGCAUGUGCAGUGAUUGCUGCAAAUUAAAUCUAGAAAAGUGCCCAGCCUUUAUUUUGUAACCCUAUCUCUGCUGUCUAUUUUUUUUUUAUUUUUUUAUUCCAUUAAAGAAACUAGAAGGGGAGAUUAGACAUGGUUACUUAUAAAUACCGUCAUAUAAGGUUCUAAGCCUCAAGCCUAUGAGAUAAGCAAAUUAAUAUGGGGCUUAACUUCUUAGACUGAACGUUCCCCUGGGUACUACCUUGACUCUUUCUAAUUACCUCACUAUCUUUUUAUUUCUUUUAAAAAUAAUUCCAGAUCACUCAUAUGCAAUUGAAGGCUGCUGACACAAAACUAAUAAAAACAUAUUGAUCCAUUUUGUUAAGGCAAGCUUGGACAAAUAUCAAGCGAAAGGCAAAUACCAGAUCUGAACUAUAGAAAUCUCUUGUCCUAUAUUGGCAUACUCUCUAAACAUUUACAAUAAUCCUAGGAGCAGUUCUGUGUUUUUUUUUUUUUUUUGGUGUUUUUUUUUUUUUUUUUGUUGCACACAUUGUUACAGGGUUAUUCAGUAAAAUGAGAAUUGUCAGAAAUACAUAUUGAAUUUCAAUAUUGAGGCGGAACUGAAAUCCCAGCAGACUUUGAGAAUUUUUACAAUAAGCUUAUUUUUGCCUUAAAGUGAACCAGUUAUGAGAAAAACAACAUAUCUUAAAUCGCUUCUAUACACAUUGAAUACACCAUAUAUCAUAAAGAUACAUGGUGUAUUCAUUGUAACAUAUAAAGGUUUACUUACUUUUUCUUCAUUCCAGUGCUGGUUUGUGGACGUUACUCUUCGUGUAAUCCCAACAACUGGACCUUCCUCUCCUAGUCCUCUGCUCUGCCUUUGUUCUUCUUUGAUUUGCCCUGCUUGGGACGCAGGGCAAAUCUUGUUGGUGACGUUGGCGUGCUUGCUUCGUUGGCAGAGUGCUGGUGUCAGUAAGAGUGAACCCUAUCACCCAAGCCAGCACUUUAGAUUGUGCUAGCAGUUUUGCUAGAAAAUGUAUAGAUUAAGAGAAAAGAAAUAUUUCCGUAGCAACCACAGUGCGUAUGGGAGGAGAGCAGAAAGACCUCCUGUAAGAGAUAAUUUUUGCUCUUCCUUGUAGGUAUGUGUGGAGGCAUUAACUGACCGCUUAGAGGAAAAAAAUAAAAAUAAAUAAAUAAAUAUAUAUAAUGUAUAUAUGUGUGUGUGUGUAUGUUUUUCUCUUAAACUAUACAUUUGCUAGAACAAUGAAUAGAUACAAUUGUAUACUUCAUCUAAUGAGCACAGAUUGUUUGUGGCAUGACAGUUGCCCUUUAAAUUUCAAAGACACUUUGCAUUUUAAACAGUUUACACUUUGAAUAACCAUAUGUGAUUUUAAACGAAUAUAUAUAUCCAGGGUCAAACUCCACAUUCUUUCUAGUUUGUAAUAAAAGUGGGUGAUCUGUGACAUUUGGUAAACAUUCUCUGUUAUUUGUUGAACCAAUGUGUAUAUUCAUUCUGCCAAAUUUUCUCCAAUGAAACCAAUGCAUAAUAUUUGACAGGUCUUAGAAAUUCCCAUGCUACUAGCCAGUCAUUAAACUUUAUUUGCAUACCCUACAGGGGUAAAUUUCUAGGAUGAAUAGAUAUCACAUUUAUGAGGAUAGCAUGUGUAGGGAGGGAUACCUAAAUGUUAAAAUUAUUUAGAGAGAGAGAGCAAUCAUUCCACAGUAGAGGCAGAUGUAUAAUUUCUGUCACACAACAGUGUGACACAAACAAAUAAAAAUAUCCUGCUUAUGUGUAUUCAUAGUACGUUUAGGACUGAAAGUUCCACAAAAAAAAAAUCAGAAUGAGAAAAUGGGGGAGAUUUAUUAAAGUGUUACAAUCCUUUUACAUUUAGUAAAUUAUUCAUAAUCAAUGUAUGAAAUCUUCCUGAAUUUGUUUUUAUUUGGUUUCCAUCUGUAGCAUGUUUGAUUUGUUUUUGCAACCUAACUGUAAUUUUGUAAACGUACACCAUCGGUGGCAGUAUUCUAAAAAGGAAAUUUCAGCAAAAAAUUGUGGAAUUUACUUUAAAGAAAACUGUCACUUUUUAGGUUACUUUAAAGGGAUGUUAUAGGCAUUACACUAAUUUUAGCUUAAUAAAGCAAUUUAGAUGUGUAGAUCGUGCCACUGCAGUCUCUCUGCUCAAUUCUCUGCCAUCUAGGAGUUAAAUCACUUUUUUGUUUCUGCAGCCUCAGCCAUACCUCCCUGGUGGUGACUGACACAGCCUGCAUGAAAAAUUGUUUAAUUUUCAAUCACGUGUUAAUUUGCUUUAGAAGGUUUUAUAGCCAACUCUGCAAAUUGAACUUUAAUCACAGACAGGAGGCUCCUGCAAGGUCUAUUCGGCUGUAGAGUAAUUCUAGAUUAAACAGAAUGUGCAAUAAAUAAACUUUAAACAAUAGAAUAUAUCUGUUUACUGGAAGUAUUUUUGAAGGCCAUGUAUUCACAUGCAGCAAGGAGGUUGUUAGGGCUGCAUUAACAAAUUGAUUAAACUCCUAAAUGUUAGAGAAUUGAGCAGCGAGACUGCAGGGGCAUGAUCUAUACACCAAAACUGCUUCAUUAAGCUAAAGUUGUUCUGGUGCCUAUAGUGUCCCUUUAAUAAAUCUGAUGCUGUUGGGAACUAUUUUUUGAACAAGGUGCAAGUUUAAGCUCUAUAUAUUAUACUUAAAAAAUAGGUAAGUGGGAAGAUGAUAAAUGAAUUUGUUUAGCAAUACAAUGUGUUUAUUUGUAUUAUAUUUAGUUUUUUUUUUUUCUGUUUUUGUUUUUGGUGCAGCUACUACUGUAAUGUUUGUGACUGUGUGGUAAAAGAUUCAAUCAACUUCUUGGAUCAUAUCAAUGGCAAAAAACGUAAGUUUAAAAUAAUAAAUUUUGUAAUACAAAAUAUAUUCUAAAUGUUAACUUUUUAGCUUAACAUAAUUUAUCCAUGUGUACGUUGGUGGUACAAUGUAUUCAUUUUUUAAUUUCUCUAUGGAAGGCAACAAUCGAUACUAAACUUGUGAAGGUACAAAAAAAAAUUGUGUAUGAAUUGAGUAUUGUGCAAACUGUAUCUACCUCUUCCAAGUGAAAGUGAGCUAUUAAAGGAACACUAUAGUGACAGCAAUAGACAUGCAUUUCUGUCACUAUUUCUCUUUAAAACACUAUUUAGGUGACCGUGCCCCUACAUUGUAUUCAGUGUAAAAGGUGAAUUUACUCACCUUUAUUCCAGUGUCAUGUAUGUUUGUCAUGGCUGGCACUGCCCUUGUUCCGCUUCCUUGGUUGAGAUGACCAAAUUUGACAACCUCAGCCAGCGCUCCACCAAUCAGCAUCUCCUCAUUGAGAUACAUUGAAUCCUCAGGAGGAACGUUCAGCGCCUUCAUACACAGCGUGGAACCGCUGAACGUCCGUGCUGCAUAUAUGCACCUCUAGAGGACAUCUUAGUGACUGGCACUAGAGUUGUUACUAGGCAGCAAUGUUUUCUCUGAAAAGGCAGUCUUUACAUUAAAUAGCCUACAGGGACAGGCAGUAGACUACAUUAAGCUGUAGUUCUGGUGACUAUAGUGUCCUUUUUUUUCAAAGGAGCACUCAAACACCAUAACCAUUACAGCUCACUCUGUUUACAAUGGGGGAGGUGUUUAGAAUAAAUUUGAAUAUAGGUUGCUUCAUUAAAGUAACAUUUCAAGCGCUUGAAGUACCAUAACCACUGCUGCACACUGUAGCAAGAGCUUCCAGCUCUCGAAAGAGGAAGUUAGUGGCACUUGGCAGACACCAAGGAAGUUGGCAAAUGGUUUGACUACUUAUUGGGGAGAUGCCAUGGAUCAUAAACAUCACAGCACUCUGGAGUGGUUAUUGUAUUUGCAGUGUUCCUAUAAAUUAAAAUUUUCAACUACUUCUCAUUUUGCUGCAUAGGACCGUGUAUUAAACUACAUAUAGAUGACAAGCCUCAAUUUGCAUAUGAAUAGCCACGUUCCUUACACUAACCCUGUCCUGUAUUGAGACUCAACUACUCACGUUUACAAUGUGUAACUGUCUUAAAGAACAGCUGUCACCUCAAAAAUAGUUUUAAUAUGAUGAUCUCUAUAGUCUCUACGGUCUUUCCUGCUUCUGUGCAAAUAAGAAAAUUGAGACUUUAGGUUUUCAAACCGUAUCUGACCAAAGUUGCAUUUAUAUGGUUGAAGGACCCUGUCAUAAAAAGUUAAGGAUGAGUUUUCUCCGUUUUUUCCCCAUAUAAUUUAAAAAUAAAAAUAUAUGCUUUCUUUCAAUACUUGAUAAAAGGAUUAUGUUAAAUAUAUUUGAAGUGACAGUUGUCCUUUAAACUUUCACUCUGCUUCCUCCUCUGCUGCCGAUCAGAUGUGUCCAUCUUGUCCCAAUGGCUGUGUGUUGAUAAGUACGAGUACACUGUGGGCUGCUAGCCUUAUUCAGUUAUUGUAGGUAGGUAUGUGUGCACUGUAGUUUAAGGGGGCUGCGUGUUACUUAGUUUAGGGUUGCCUCAGUGAUUAACUGGGACUACUUAUAUGCAAUCUUAAUACUGUAUAUACAUGGGUGUGUUAUAUCCUGGUUGGGUGAGUGGUAACCAAUAUAUUAAGUACAUGUAAAUAUUAUCACUUGGGAAUUGCCUUCAUUAUGGAGAAAUGUCUUUAUUUUAAUUUUAUUAUGUAACCUUUAAUGUGAAUAAGCACUAUAUAUAGGAAUUAAGGGAUGCUGUCAGGGGGGGGUGACCUAAGGCCACUAUAGGUUUAGGAAUAAAACUGUGUAUUCAUAACACUAGAGAAUCCCAUUAAAUCAUGGGUCCUCAAACUCCGACCCCCCAGAUGUUGCUGAACUACAACUCCCAUGAUUCCUUGGCUAUCUAUGUAAUUCAAAGAAUCAUGGGAGUUGUAGUUCAGCAACAUCUAGGUGGCCGGAGUUUGAGGACCCAUGCAUUUAAAUCAUAGAGGGAAUUUAUGGAAAACAAGUUGCCUUAUGGUAAACAUGUGGAUGGAAUCUGCUGUUUUCCUAAACUGCAGAUACAAGUGGCUAUAUAAAUAAGUAUGCUCUUACAUUUUUAUUUCAUUAAGAAAAAAUUCUUCCCUUUUUCUAUAGCGUGAGAGUAGUUGAACUUUAAUUCUUCACACAUAAAACAACGGCUGUUUCUCUUUGCCAUUUUUAUUAGAAAGAAGUACAGAGGAACACACGUGUCCCUUUAUGUCUUCUAAUCUAUGCGGUCCUAACCUACAUCUCUCUUAAUAUUUUGCGAAUUAUAUUUAAUUUGCAAUCCUGAAUACCUGGGUUACUGCUAAAGUGUAAUGGUAAAAUGAGUUACAGAAUCUGUUGGCACUAUAUAAAAGGCAAUAAUAAUAAUGAGCUAACAACUCCCAGCAAAUGUUGCUCGAGAGUGUUUUAGAAAAUGGCAGGAGAAUUGUGACUAACUCAUGGCUAACAAAGGCUGAGGAUUAGCAGUUGAUGCCGGUACUACAACCAAUUAUUUGCAUUUUGGUGGGGUUUUAGUGUAUUUUUUUAUUUUUUAUUAUUGAUUUAAUGUCUUAAGCAUUAUCUGGAAAAGGGUCCAAUAUUGGACUGUUGUAUCCAUCCCGUUUGUGGUGACCGGGUAUCCUGUUCCACUGCUCUUAUUCGCGCAGAUUUGGUUGAUGAAAAAUCACAAGGAUAAAUGUGACUGAAAAGUUAAUGUGUAUAUAAUCCAAUAAAGUCCAUUACCAUUUAUGAUAUUUUUUAACAAUAGAGGUAAUUCCAGUGAGGUGGGCCCUAUGUAAUUUUUAUUUGGAGGCCUAACCUCACUUUUUCUAUUUUUCAAGUGUUGAUGUUAAUUGGGUUCAUGCCCCUUAUUACCUCGGUAAUCUUCUCUAUGGCAACAGUGUAGGUUUUUCCUACAUCUGAAGCAGUAUCCUCAGUGUAUAUAAUAUACAAUGUGUAUUAUUUUUAAUGUAUUUACUUGGCACAUCCUGUGAUUGGCUUUGGCAAAUAUAUUUAAUUAGAGUUGUAAUCAGUAAGCCAUGCCAAUGAGCUAUUUUUGCAUAGUGUUAUUUUAUUGCUGCUAAUUCUGCCCUCGUAUAUUACUAGCUUAUCUUAAUAUUUUCCCAAAUAAUACAUUUAUAUAUAUCUACAUAGUCAGAAGAUGUGUUGAGAAAAAUGUCAUACCCCAUAGUCUCGUUCCUCCCAUAAACCCUCAAUUUGCAAGUUGCCAAGCAACAGCAUGUGGCAGUGUUUAAUAUUAAUAUAGUCCUGUACUUGUCAAAUGACACUUAUGGCAAACCUUAGAAGUCAGUUUUUACCAGACAGUAUUCUGCUAGUAAUUGGAAGGGGACAUGAAUGCACAUGUUUUGGUGUUUAACUGUUCUAUGCAGCAUUAUGAACAUCAAAAAGGAAAGCAGGGCCAUUGCAGUACACACUCCUCUUUUAAAAUUGCUAUUUUUCCAGACUUAUAAAAUGAGGACAUUACAGAUAUCUCCUGUUACCUUCUGUUAAAUUGUUCUUUUUGACAUGUGACUUUUUCCUUAUCGCUUGGUUAUAAUGUGCAAGAAAUGUCAUUAUACUGAGGCAGUGUGCCUUUUUAUGCACAGUCUGCUUUGCAAUAUUCACGGAUUGUCACUUAGAAAGACCCACUAGGGUAAAGCUAUUGUCAUAUAUGUAUAUCUAUAAUAUCAUUUUUAUGUUUGAGUAUAUUCUUCAUGGGGAAUGCUUGUUAUAUAUUACAUUUGUACAUUCCUCUUUAGAAUGUGCAAAGCUUUCUUUCAAGAGCUUAUUGUGAUAUUUCUGCAUGAUUCUUUUUUGUAUGUCCGUAUUGUAAUUUAAUUUUCUGCGAUUUCUGCCCUGUAAUUUCUACAUUACUCAUACUGAAUAAUUGGAAACAUAACUCAUUAAAUAGCAUGUUAAAUCUCAGAAAUAUAUAUAUAUUUUUUUUAAUAGAGCUGAUUAAUAGUGAAAGGGACACAUCCUAAGUGCCUUAAAGGGUUACUCCUACCCUUUUAAUUACUAAUAUUGUGUGUGUGUGUGCGCGCAAUGCCACAUUGAGCAUUGCUAAUAGGUGUCCCCCACCCCUCCUUAACACCUGCUUAAAAAGAAUUCUAAAAAACUUACCUGGAAUUCAGCACUCUGCUAAGCUCCCUCCUUUAAAUAAAUAGCAUUAAAAAAAAAAGUCACUAAUCCCUUUCUUCACUCCUGUUGCCCUUAUUUUUUUUUUUUUUACACAUUAUCUAUUGGGCACUAUUAAAUAGGUGCUUCCCACAUGCAAUAAAACCUGCUUAAAACAAACAAAAUAUUUUACUUACCUAGAAUCCAGCGCUGGGCAAAGCGCUUGGCUCUGCCUUCCUCCCGGCGUCACCAAGGUCCAUCAUUCAGUUUGAGCCUGGGAGGGAUGUGGAAAAAAAAUACUUAAAAAAAUGUUAAAAAUAAAGCCAUAUUUAUCUGUUAGGAAGGGAGAGACCAGAAAAUAAAGGAGGGAGGAGACUGUUAUGGGCUGCCAAAGUCACAUGUGCUAGGGGUUGUAACUAGCUCCUGGCACACAAGUACACAUACAGCCACCAUGACCACUUCUAAAAGUAGAUGUCAUGGUGGUUGGAUUAACCUUUUAAACGUGUGCUUCAUAGCUCAUGGACCAACAACCAUUUGUCAAUGCGUUGUUUGUUAUAUUUGUUAUUGUAAAGACGACUAUAAAUAGGAUGGCACAGAGGGGAUGGUAGAUCUAACAGGUGCAGCAAUCAUCAAAACAAAUCCUGGUAAAGAUUUGAACAGAAAACAUACAGUAGUGAUGUUAACUGUGCAAGUAUCUUUACUCAUAUCUGUUUGGUCACUGUUGUGCACUAGUUAUUAAUAUUAAUACACUUAAUAUGCACCUUAAUUAAUAACACUGAUGCAUAUAUGUUCUUCAUAGGAGGUCCACAGUGAAUGUUAUUAUUACUACUAUUAUUGUUGAGCACCAUCACUACUGUAUAUUUGUUAUUGUACUCUACUUUUGCUUCUCAUUUGUUAACCAAUCAGAGCCCAUACUACAAGUAUACACUGAACAAAAAUGGCACAUUAAUUCUUAAAGGUACACUAUAGUUGCCAAAACAGUGUUUACUUAAUGAAGCAGUUUUUGGUACAUAGAUCAUUAAUCUAUACAACAAAAUGGCUUCAUUAAGCUAAAGUUCUUUUGGUGACUAUAGUGUUCCUUUAAAAUCUAUAUUAAUGAGAUACAUAUAUUUAUAUAAAGGUGCGUGUGUGUGUGUGUGUAUGUAUAGUGUGUAUAAACAGUGUUUGAGUGCCGGUCUACCUUAUUGCCUGAGAAUCCCGGGAAACCUUUGUUCAUGACAAAGGGCCAAGGGUUAGCCAGUGCCAGUCUACAUGUCCAAAAACGUAGGUAAAACUUGAAAUUGGGAGGAGGAGAGAUAACAUUUUCAAAUAUUAAAUUCCUUGUGGUCUGGAUUACACCAAUUAAAGUAUGUGAUUGCUCACCGGUGACACUUUUGCAAGAAAUUGGACAUUUUGACAUUUUCUUUUGAAGACACUGCAUUAUAAUAAAUGUGCUGCUCUUUAUCAGGUGAGGCAGGCAUUGGGUGCUCUGAGCAAUCAAUAUGGCACUAUUUAAGGAUGUGCUCUGUGGUGGUCUUAGAUAUUGUGUUGGUUAUUUCAAUAAUUUUACAUUUCUUUUCUGUGUCUCUCCACCAUCACCCUCACUUUCGGUUUUGGAUUGAUACGGAAGCAAAAAUGUAAAACUGAAUACUCUUUUCUACAUAUCAAAUAAUCCUCAGCUUUAUGAGUAGGGGAGAUAAUGGGAAAUAUAGUCCAUAAACAUUGACUGUGCAGGGGCAGACUUCAGUGGCCUGAACAGCAGUCUUUUAAAACAGGGAUUCUAUAAAUUAGCCAUUCAGAACAUUCGUUUUUGGGUUCUUUAUGGAAUUUUUCAUGUUCCUUCUUGUAUGUAAAAUAAGGGCAAUUAUCCUGACCCACAACUAGCUUUGUCUUCAUGACAAAUAAUGCUUGUGAUAAUUAUAUGGUAUUGCAGAUGGUAUCUAUAAUUAGUAGUGGGGUGGUAAAUUAAAUGAACAUAGUGGAAUACACAUUUAUACUAUAAACUUGAUUGCUUUUUCAUGAGGUGAGCAAAUUAAUUGACAGAAUGUUUCUUUUAAAUCAAAGUGAUCACUCUUUACAGACUCUCAACUAGAUGUUUAUGGUGUCUUUAAGUGCAUAUACUCUAACCCUCUCAUUGGCUACCUAAACCAAUAUUAUAACUGGUGGCAUUAAAGGACCACUUCAGCUUAAUGAAGUGGUCUGGGUGCCUGGUCCAGCUAGGGUUAACCCAUUUUUUUUUAUUUUUUAUAAACAUAGCAGUUUCAGAGAAACUGCUAUGUUUAUAAAUCGGUUAAUCCAGCCUCUAAAGCCUCUAGUGGCUGUCUCAUUGACUAUGAAUACUUUCCUAUGAGACACGCUGAAUGCGCUCGCAGCUCCUGCCGCGCAUGCGCAUUCAGCCAGAGAGGAGGAGGAGAGCUCCCCGCCCGGCGCUGGAGAAAGGUAAGAUUUUAACCCUUUCCUCUCCCCAGAGCCCGGCGGCAGGGGGAUCCUGAGGGUGUGGGCACCCUUAGGGCACUAUAGUGCCAGGAAAAUGAGUGUUUUCCUGGCACUAUAGUGGUCCUUUAACAUUCAGAAAUUGAAAUCAAUUUUGUUUAUGUAGCCCAAGCCACGGAUCCUUUCCUAAACACUUCAUGCAAGGAGUGGUCUCGCUUUAAAACUUUCCCUUUGAACAUUGUGUUUAAUUUAAAAUGUAUCUCCUUCUUUAAGUCUCUGCAGCAGUGGCUUUGCAACAGUCCCAGCCUAUGUUUGUUUAACUGUUAAUUUACAAGUCUCAGACUUCAAUUCUUGCUGUUGUAUAUAGAGAACCACCUACAGAUUAGACCGCAUCCAAACCUCCAAAAAGUGAAACGUGAAACAAAUGCUUAACAACUAUUACACUGAAGUCUGACGUUUUAAUGAGGUAAAGAAUUUAACCCCUUAAGGACCAAACUUCUGGAAUAAAAGGAAUCAUGACAUGUCACACAUGUCAUGUGUCCUUAAGGGGUUAAACAAUAAAAUCUUACUUUUUUUUUUUGGACUGCCUCUCGUCUGAGAAUAUCCAGAGUAUUUCCAAGUAGCAACAGCCAAGCUGAUUUCUACAUUUUUUUUUUAAAUAACUCCUAAAAGCACAGCCCUCUAGGAAUGAUCACCUGAGAGGGUCCAGUGCUUGUUAACAUACAGUACCUUAUUAACAAACAAUCCAUAAUCUUGCAAUGGCUAAGAAUCUGUAGUGUCAGUCAUAUGCUUUAGCUGAAGAGCGUACUUUGCAAACCAUCCUCUGCUAUUGACCCUCUACUCUGUUUAGCAGAGUCCAUUGUUUUACCGCAGUAACCCUCUUGGAAAUUAGUAGCAGAGUGUGUCCGUUGCAAACAGUAAAUGCAAUUUUCUUUACAUAUCCUGAGAUACAACUCCCUUAAAGGGACACUCCAGGCACCCAGGCCACUUCCAUGUCCAUUAAACUUAGUGCUGCAGUUUGAACAUUGCAGUUCCAGAGAACUACAAUGUUUACAUUGCAGCUCUAAGUCUGCCUUCUGUGGCUGUCUAACAGACCGCCACUACAGGGCUUCCGGAAUCCAAACCGACCUUUGGUCCGUUAUCUGACGCUGGACACGUACCUCCAGCAUCAGAUUUUCCACAUAGGAAAGCAUUAAAUAAUUCUUUCCUAUGGGGAGGUCUAAUGCGCCAGCGUGGCCACUUUAACCCAUUAGGCAACAUGGGUUGGGGGGCGGAAGGGAGGGGAGCAUUGCAGGAUCCUGCAAUGCCAGGAAAACUGGUUUGUUUUUCUGACACUGGAGACUCCCUUUAAAUCCAAGGUUAAUAUCUUUUGGUCAUGUCAACAGUUUUAGGCUGUAAAUAAAAGUACCUGGGCACACCUGAGGGUUUCUUUUUAAAAGGCAGUUUUAUUUGAAACACUGAAAUGGAGACAAUGUUUGGCUCCUACAUGAGCCUUGGUCAAGUCAUGACAAAGGCUCAUGUAGGAGCCAAAACGUGAUUUCCAUUUUUGUGUUUUUAAAUAAAGACUGCCUUUUAAAAAGAAACAAUCAGCUGUGCCCAUAUACUUGUAUUUCCCACCAAAAGAUUUCUGUAGGAACUUGUACCACCCUGUUGGAAGUAACCCCUCUGUUAAGUGUGUGCCAUCUUCUUCAAUUGCAAACAGAAGUUUUAGGCAGAACAUUCUACUGGCAGUUAUAUUGUUUGUUCUACAUGCAAGAGAAGAAGGUAACAUAGGUACUCAAGUUUUAAUUAAAGAUAAAAAUCUAUUUUAUGCAUAUUUUACAAACCAUCUAUUCCCCUUUCAGAUCAAAGGAACUUGGGAAUGUCUAUGAGAGUAGAACGUUCUACACUAGACCAAGUAAAGAAACGAUUUGAGAUUAAUAAAAAGAAGAUGGAAGAAAAGCAAAAAGACUAUGACUUUGAGGAGAGAAUGAAAGAAUUGCGGGAAGAGGUAUGCAUGGUUGGCUAGAGUCAAAUAAUUGGCAGAUAUGUGUGUUUGAAAGUUUGUAUAUUGUAAGUCCUGUUACUUGGAUAUGGUGGAUAAACUGCAUUAUUUAAUGUUUUCCUCUUCUCUGCACAGUGGAAAUCUGGGGACUAUAUGGCAGAAUUACAUUGAUAAAACAAGUGUAAUUUUUACUUUAACAGUACAUUAUUCAAGGUACCAUACCAGGGAUCCCUGUGGGGGAACCUUGGUUUGUGUAAAACUGUUUGGCAGAGAAGCGGGUGAUGAUGCCAUUAGCGGCCAGCACCACAACCUCUACAACACCAUUGGUGAGAAGAAAUACACCCCUGUUGGUUAUCUGAUUUGUUCAGUUGUUAGCCCAGGUCUACCUGCAGUGCUGUGAUUGACAAUACUUAGCUAGAAAUAUUCCUCCUGCUCUCUUCGUAACCUAGUGCAUUCGCAUUGUAAUACUGAUAUUCAAAAGGGUAGUGAGAGGUAUUUCAGCCUUACAUUGCACUUUUGGAAAGGUGUCGGUUUUUACGGAUUAAGUAGGAGCUGUGCCUAUUGCAUGUGGUGGGUUACAGAUUUCGUCAAGAAAAAGGGAAGGUCUCUAAUUUAUGUCUGGUCCACCACCAGGUUUAGCAUGUAGUAGCAGGGCACAUUUCCAUCCUACACUAGCUUGUCUUCUUUUCCCUUAGUGAUGUUGCAGCACUGUUUACUAAUUUUGGUUAUGUUGCUGCAUCACCUGUACUUCCAGUGCCCCAGGAUCACAAUAAAGGUUAUGUUAGAAACUGAAAUGUCGAUCUGGGAAGAAACCCUUUUGGAAAUACUUGUGAUGAUAAUAGUGCUGUAACUUUCUGACCAUGAAAAAGAAAAAUCAAGAAAAAUAUAGAGAUCAUCAUUGUGCUCACAGGAAAUCCAGGCAUAGAGCUAGUAUUCACGAGAUCCCUGUCCUCGUGUCAGUCUGCUUUGGGGAGUAAACAGAGGCCUGAGCAGCGAGAAACACAUGGGAAAACAGAAUUUAAAUUUAGCAAUAAAGUUUGCACAGUUUUAAAAAUACAAUCAUCCAUCUAUCUACAGUAUCUCACAAAAGUGAGUACACCCCUCACAUAUUUGUAAAUAUAUUAUAUCUUUUCAUGUGUCAACACUGAAUAAAUUACACUCUGCUACAAUGUAAAGUAGUAAGUGUACAGACUGUAUAACAGUGUAAAUUUGCUGUCCUCUCAAAAUAACUCCACACACAGCCAUUAAUGUCUAAACUGUUGGCAACAAAAGUGAAUACACCUGUGACGAUCUGAACUUUUUUACUGGUUCUUGGAGGAGCCUGCUGGCCAGCCUCUUACCCUGUGACUAAGGCCCCUGCAAUAGACCUGGCUAAAAAAAACUUUAAAAGGCUCGGUUCAUGUGAAGUAUGUACUUUUGUACUCCAGACAGAGAGACCGACCGACCGACCGACCGACCGUUAGCACUAAUUCUCUGGAACUGUUUUGGGCAUGAGACCACGUGCACGGUCGGUUAAAAAUAAGACUCACAGGAAAUUCCUGAACCCCUGAACUGAUCUGGGUGAUUUUUGGAUAUGUUGGUCACCCAGAUCAGGGCUAUCAGGGGAUGUAACAUUUGUGGAGGUUUUAUGUAUUUUUAUAUUACUUUUGGGGUGUUUAAAUUUUUUUUAUUUAUUUUUUUUUAUGUGCUUGGAAAUAAUUGGAUUAGAAUGAAUACAGUUACUUAUCCAAUUAUCUCCCAAGCAGAGGGGAGGGAUGUGUGGGAGUGCCUUACAUUGUAAAUGUGUUAUUGAUUUGUAAGUUUGUGUCCCUGCCCCAACAAGGUCCAUGUGGGCAUACACCUUGCUUGGGGACUUGCAUAAAAUACUUUUCAUGAAGUCUUGGCUCAUGUUUGGGGGAUUGGAGAACUACAUUCACUCUGGGGAUUGCUAUAUCACAAUACUUCCCUGAGUAUAAUCACUAGCUCUUAUAAGAGCUGUUCCUGCUAUACAAGUGUGUCUUGCAUACAGGCAUGGUGGUGGGAGUGUCAUGGUCUGGGCCUGCAUGAGUGUUGCUGGUACUGGGGAGCUACAGUUCAUUAAGGGAACCAUGAAUGCCAACAUGUACUGUGACAUACUGAAGCAGAGCAUGAUCCCCUUCCGAUCGGACAUAACGACCCCAAACACACCUCCAAGAUGACCACUGCCUUGCUAAAGAAGCUGAAGGUAAAGGUGAUUGACCAUCCAAGCAUUUGUCCAGACCUAAACCCUAUUGAGCAUAUGUGGGGCAUUAAGGCAGUGCUUGAAAAAAAAUGGUGACCACACAAAAUAUUGACACUUUGGGCCCAAUUUGGACAUUUCCACUUAGGGGUGUACUCACUUUUGUUGCCAAUGGUUUAAACAUUAAUGGCUGUGUGUUGAAUUAUUUUGAGGGGGCAGCAAAUUUAAACUGUUAUAUAGGCUGUACACGUACUACUUUACAUUGUAGCACAGUGUCAUUUCUUCAGUGUUGACGCAUGAAAAUAUAUAAUAAAAUAUUUACAAAAAUUUGAGGGGUGUACUCAAUCAGUACGGUACUUACAGUAUCUCAUAAAAGUAAGUAAGAGUAGUAUUUAUAGCCUGGCUGUAACAUCAAUGUUUCAGCAUCCAGUCUAGUUUGUGCAAGUUUUAUUUUUUUUAUUCCCAUCUUGCUGAAUAUCUGUUGGUUUUAAAAUUGUGUAUAUAGCCUUUGCUCUUGAGCUUUCCCAUCAUAUCCAUCAGUAUUGUGGUAAAAGUUCUACAACAGCUGGAGUGCCAAGGUUUGUCAACCACAUUGUAAACAAUUAGUACUGAGGAGGCCCGUUAAUCUGUUUAUUAUAUCAUUUUUGCUUUCCUUCUGCACUUCCCACCCCCCUCAUUUGUUCCUUCUUACUGCUUUUAGGAAGAAAAAGCACGUGCAUAUAAAAAAGAAAAGCAAAGGGAGAAGAAGAGGAAAGCAGAAGAAGAUCUCAACUUUGAAGAAGAUGAUGAAAUGGCUGCUGUUAUGGGUUUCUCAGGUUUUGGUUCCUCUAAAAAGGGACACUGAUGUGACUUUAAGACAACAUUCUUAUUACCAAGCAGUUUUGAUUUUUGUUUCUUGUCUUUUUAUAUUGAACCAGAGCAUUUUUAAAUUCUUUCCAUGCCUUAGCUUGCAGCACAGGAUUAUGGGAAUUUGAACAGAGCUACUGUAAACAUUCUCACUGACCAAUACUGUGAAGAAGCCUUCUUUGUUCUUGUAAAAAAAACAUAUUAACCAUUUUCCUAUGGGGCCUUCAAAGGCCUAGGUUUUUGUUUGAUAAAAAAUUAAUUCAUGAUCAUAUGUGACCGUUUAAACUGCCAGCAUACAAAUUUAAGAACUGGGUAAAAAUUGCUAAAACAGCUUUUAAUUGUUUACAGUUUGUUUUUAAAACUACUAGAGAAGGCUGUUCCAUAAACCAUAAAAGCUUUGUUUAAUAUAAAAAGACUGUUUUAUUGGUUAUUUGAGGACUGGCAACUCCAAGGCCACGAGAAUUUUGCUUAGUUUUUUUUGGAUUCUAUUUUUCAUCCGGACUGUCUUUUUUGUUUGUUUCUUUUACUGCUUACAUGGACCUGAUCUCUAAAAUGGUGUGGUUCCUCACUUGCAGAUAAUAGUUUUCCAGGACAUCUGACAUGGGGACUCUACCAGUGAAGGACAUUAAAGUGUCACAUGUGGGUUUUAAUAAAAAAAAAAAAUUCUUUAUUUAUAAACUACCUAGUUAUGUAUUUUGUGUUUUUGGUUUGUUUGUUGUUUAUAUGGUUUUGUUUUUGUGGGGGAAUGUUUUUUUUUUCCUUUACCCAUACAUUUGGAAGUUAUACAUAAAGUUACUGCAAAGUUGUGAAUACAAUUAUAUACGAAGAACAUGAAAACAUGUUUAUCUAUUUAGUUAUAAAGUACAGCUGCCACUCCUAUAAAAGAUUGAGCCACUAGUCGAGUAUAACUAAGAAAAACAAUAUUAAUGUCAGGAGGGCGCUAUUGAAUUUGUUUUUCAAAGUUUUAAAGGUAAAACAGUCUACUUGAAUGAAUCACAUCUAUGUUUGCCUUUUCAAUGGCACCCUCCUUACAUUGUGUUUUUUUUUUUGUUAUACAUAAAGUUGUCAUAAGUAUACAUUUUCAUAGGUUGUGGAAAACUUUGGUUCAUAGUUAACCUUCCCCCAUCUGCUGUCAGUGAUUGUCACCGGCACAUAUAAUACAAUGUGAAUUAAAAAGAUGCAUGCCAAACAAGAUCCUGUUUAUGCCCUCAAUCUUGUGGGUUCUUGUAUAGAGCUUCUUUUUGUAAUUAAUAUGCAUACAAAAACAAAUGGUGAUAUUGGAGGAAGUUGCGGGGAGAAAAUGAGAAGACACUGUUUUUGCCUGCAAAGUAUGUUGAAUCAUUUUUUGGUGUGGGGUUUUUU